CGACUUCCAAUCAUGUUAUUAAAGUCAGUUGAGAAAGAAAACGAGAAUUUUUAAACAGUAUUUUUUUUCUUUAGUAAAUUGCACAAAAAAAACAUGAAUAUCAAAUUACUAAUUAUUCUUAUCGUUAUUGUUUUUAUAAAUGCGAAUCCAUGGACAUGUAUUUUAAGACUAAUGCUACAACUCAUGACACGUGGAAUUAAAGAAAUAACAAAUUCAGAGAAUGAAAAUUUUGCAAAAAUUGUUGGUGGUAUAAGAGCAAAAAUUUCCGAUGUACCAUAUCAAUUGUCAGUGAGAAUAUAUGGAAGUCAUUUUUGUGGUGCUAGUAUUAUACAUCAUAAAUGGGCCUUAUCGGCUGCUCAUUGUUUUCCUGAUUAUGUAAUCAUUAAUCAUGUACGGAUUCAUAGUGGUACUGAGGAAUUAAGAAAAUAUGGAUAUCUUCAUACAAUUGAUUUUUUAAUUAUGCACAAAAAUUUUAAUAUGAAAAUAGAGAGAAAAACAACACUUUUAAAUGAUAUUGCACUUAUUAAAGUAAAAAAGGAUUUUUUAUACAUCAACAAAAGACGAAUACCAAUUCCAAUAAAUACUGAUGAAACAUUAUUAAAACCAGGUUCGAUUGGUCUUAUUUCAGGAUGGGGAAGUUUAAGGGAAACAAGUUCAGUUUUACCGAAUUUUCUACAAAAAGCAAAUGUACCAAUAGUCGCACGUAAUAAAUGUGAGCAAAAUUUGGGUUAUCGAAUUCCACGUGAACAAAUUUGUGCUGGAUUUGUAAAAGGAGGAAUCGAUGCAUGCCAGGGUGAUUCUGGUGGACCUUUUCAACUUAAUGGGAAACUUGUGGGAAUAACUUCCUGGGGUAUUGGAUGUGGUCGUCCCUAUCUUCCCGGAGUAUACACUAAUGUUGCAUUUUAUCGUGAUUGGAUUAAAGAAAACGCGGGUAUUUAAAUAAAGAUAAUUAUAGAUUUUCUGUCAAAAAUGAUAAAAAAUAAUGUAAAUUCAUCAUUAAAAAAGUUAUUUUUAAUUAGUGAGAUCAUUGUUUCGAAUUCGUAAUUUGAUAAUGCUUAUGGUAAUAAUUUUGUUUUAUGACUGUUUGUUAUGGGCGCUUAACACGACAAUGGUUAAUUUGUAGAUAAGUCAAUUUCUAUAACGAACACAAUGGGGAAUACAAUACAAUUUGUAUAAAUUAACUAAAAUAAUAUAAUAUAAAAAGGUUCUUUUGUUUGAAUUUAUAAAUUAAAAAGGAAAAUUUCCCCCCCAAAUAAAAAAUCCCAAGUGAGAGAAGUAUAAGGACGACAGAGAGUAAAAAUUUGCAGUUUUUCAAACACAAAAUCGAGAUAGAACGUGGACCAAUAGUGAAAACCCUUUAAAACGUUCCCCGCGGUGAAAUAAAUUGACGCUCGCGUGUUUACACGUCGGCGAAAUUAAAAUUCCUCAAGUGUAGCAAAGCUGAGUCGACAACGGAAAGAGGCGAGAAGGAGAGAAAAGAGAGACCUUGCCUGUACGAGCGGGAGCCCUCGAAGUAGAGUUGUGUUUAAUUAAUGACCAGACUAAUUAAAAGCCCAAAGAAAAAUAUAACAGCUCACACUGGUACCGCGCGUUGUAAGAGCGCUUUAAAGCACUCGUUCAGUGUGUUAAUUCAUAAAAGCAGCAAAAGCGGCUAAUAACUUCACUCUCUUCAGUGGCCCGUUCGACUAUAUACUUUUAUAUAUAUAUAUAUAUACAUAACAGGUCUGUUUUAUUUU